UGCGGAAGCGGAAGGCGGGAAACCCAACCAUAGAAACUGCCUCAAAUUAAUAAAAUCCCCUCUGAAGCUCUCUCCACCCGUCUAAGCAUUCAACCGUCGGAGCUCGGAUUCAUCACUGUUACUUCCUAAUGGACAAAUACGUAGUUCCUCUCUCACCUUCGCCUGAAAAUCCUAAACCCAUUAGAAGGCCCAGGUGGAAGAGGAGCAUUGUGGAACUAGAUGGCAUGUUAUCUUCCAAAUAUCGCCACGAAAUUUCUAGUUUGUUGCUUGAUUCCUACUCCGAGAUUGGAGCUUUUGGUCAUUUAUACCAUAUUGACGGAGCAAAAUGCCCAACGCACAUGAAUCGAGUUGGUAAUGUCACCAGUACAAGUAACCAAGUGCCUAUUAGAAGGGAGGGCAUUUCUGGGGUGGAAUUUGACACAAAGGGAAUAUACUUGGCAUCAGUAACAAAGUCGGGGUGCUUAACAGUUCAUGAUUUUGAAACUCUUUAUUGCUUGAGUAAUGGUCUAUCAACAUGUGUAAAAGAAGAUGAAACGAAGCAUUUGGUGCACCUUACCACCCAUCAACUUGAUGCUGUUAGGUGGAACCUCAGUAACCAAGAUGAGGUUGCUUGCUCAUCUAUGCAAAGCAAUGAAAUUCUUCUAUAUGAUAUAGGUUACAUCUCUUCUGAACCAAUUGAGGUGUUAAGAAGGAGGCCUACCAUCACUGUGCAUGGAUGUGAAGUUCGCAAAGGUUUAUCUGAUAUUGCUUUUAUUUCAACUGACAAGUCAAGGUUGCUUGCCUCUGAUGUAUAUGGUGUUGUCAAUAUAUGGGACCGACGGAUAAGUAAUCUCCCAUGUCUUGAGCUUAUGGCUAACAACCAUGAUACUCUAAAUAGCAUCAAGUUAAAUGUGGAAAAUCAGGUUGUCUUUGGUGCUGGUAAACAUGGGAUCAUCUAUGCUUGGGAUCUUCGUGGAGGAAGAACACCUGUUGCUUUUCAAAGUAACAAAGAGGCACGUCACCCUCCAUUAACAUCUUUAAAGAUAUCGAUGAUGUUAGAGAAGAUUAAGUCUUUGAAGGAACAAUCAAAUAUUUUCUCCAAGGAAAUACACUCAAUUGACAUUGACCCAUCCUGUCCAUAUCAAUUGGCAUUCCAUCUUGAUGACGGUUGGUCAGGUGUUUUGGAUACAAAUAGUUUUCAAGUGACACAUGUGCAUUGCCCACCCCCUGCUUGGUUGGAUGGAUCAGAGACAUCAAUCAAUUGCUCAUACUUGAGAAAACCAUCAUGGCUACCAACAUGUUCGAUCUAUGCAGUUGGGGCGUCCUCAAAUAAUGGUAUUCAUCUUUUAGACUUCUAUCCUGACCCAUCGUCCACUUGCCAUGUGGACUUCAAUGAGGAUAUAGGUAGUGUUUCUGAGGGUAAAAGACGGAGCAUGCAAAACAGAUUUGUUCCCUUGUCAGAAGGUGUUACUGUUUGUGCUGCUCACCCCCUGAAUGGUACCAUCAUAGCUGGAACUAAGCAAUCUUCUUUACUGGUGAUAUCCCAAAAGCGCCAGUCCUGUUGUAAUGGAGAUUACAAUCGAAUGGACGACAAUGACUAUUAGGAUCUCCGACAUGAGUUUAAUAUCUCAUAAAUUCAAGUGGCACUCAACUGCUAAUAUUCAGUUUCACAUGGAAGGCUCUUACAAAUUACAAUGCUCGGUACUGUUACCUACUAUUGCAAUCAGAGAUGCUGGUGAUGACUACAACACGGGAAAUACUACUAGUCCAGAGACAGCUUGUUAACACAUUGUUCAUUGUACAUAGGUAAACUGGACUAGAAAGCAAACCGAAAAGGAGUCAGUUCAGUUUGAUCCUGUUUCAUUAAUGUUCAAUCCAUAAUGAAUUGAUGUUAUUGCUUUUAAAGAUUGAGCAGAAUAAAGGAAAACAAAAAAGGUUAAGGUUGAAGGAGAUUUCUGACCAUCUGAUCUCGAGUCUUUUGUGAGGAUCAAGUACAAGGUUUA